AUGGUGCAAAUAAUCAUACGUGGUAGUGCGGAUGGCAGCAGUCCUCCAGAAUGGCUGUUGAUCGAGUUGCAGGGAGAGAUGAUACCAAGACACAACUCUGGUCUGGCAGGAAAUGUGAUGGGAGACCUACUCUACACAAAAGAGGGGGUACCUGUCUUGAUUGUAGGACACCACAUAUUAUACGGGAAGCAGGUCAAAUUGGAGAAACCCUUCGCUGUCCUUGCUAAGCAUCCUACUCAAUCGCAGGACAUUGUGGAUAGCACCAUCAACCAUGAUUCUUCCCAGGCUGCCAUAACAACUAAGCAGCAGACCUCUACCUCCUAUUCAGUGUCUGCACUCAUCAAGAAAAAACUCAUCUUUAAGACACGACCUAAACCCAUCAUCACUAAUGUACCAAAGAAAGUAUAG